AUGGUGACUUCACCUUCACGGUCACGAAACGUAAUGGUGGUGGUUGACCCGACACCGCAGUCGGCAGCAGCCCUCCAGUACGCUCUUUCCCAUGCAUUGGUAGAGCAAGACAAGCUGAUCCUUUUCUACAUCGAAAACCCUAGUUCGUGGAAAAACGCUCUUGCCACCUUCAUUCGGAAAUCGAGUAAUUCUUCAUCCUCGGCUCCAAACUCCAUCUCCGAGGGAGCUUUCGGUACCGACGCGGAUUUUCUCGAUCAAAUGAGACGCGCUUGCGAAGUCGCUCAGCCAAAAAUCAAUGUAAAAAUCGAGAAAACCGACAUGGAUGGCAAAGAUAAAGCUAGUGUGAUUCUUUCAAAGAGCAAAGAUUUGAGAAUUGAUCUCAUUAUCAUAGGGCAAAAACGGAGUCUCUCUUCGGCAAUACUCGGAAUUAAGCGACAAAGUGGGUCACUAAAAGGACCGAAGGCAAUAGACAAAGUUGAUUAUUUGAUUGAGAACAGCCCAUGCUCAUGUGUUGCAGUCCAGAAAAAGGGUCAAAAUGGUGGCUAUGUUCUUAACUCCAAGACCCAUAAAAAUUUCUGGCUUUUGGCAUAA